AUCAACUCCACCCAGUGUGUGAUUUCUCCUUCAUUUAUCAAAAGCCCUAUAUCUCUUUCUACGCUGCUUAUUCAAUCCUCAAGAACGACGCGUAAAGGCCCAACUGAUGGAGCGCGCGUGUGUCAGUCGCCUCCUCUAUUUGCGUAGCGGAGGCUCCACCUCAAGCAUUGCAGUGACCUCAGCAGUGGGCUGAAUUGAGCUGGGUGGGAUUUUUAGGCUCGUAUUCCCGAUCGCGUAUUCUAGGCACGAUUUAACGGUGUGUGUGUGACGGAGCGAAUAAGCGUUUAGCCGGCUCGCGCUGAACGGUGCAGGAUUUGUGUUUGUGUUUGCGUGCAUCUAACGAUAGGGAUCAAAUAAACAAGGAAUGUGGGAUUUACAGAAUGCCCAACAGCGUUGGAAAAAGAUUUAAACCCACCAAAUACAUCCCGGUGUCCACUGCCGCCACUCUUCUGGUGGGAUCCACUACUUUAUUCUUCGUUUUCACGUGCCCGUGGUUAACCAAGGCCAUCUCCCCUCUUGUGCCUCUAUACAAUGGCAUCAUCUUCCUCUUUGUGUUGGCUAACUUCAGCAUGGCCACCUUCAUGGACCCUGGAGUCUUUCCCAGAGCGGAUGAGGACGAAGACAAAGACGACGAUUUCCGAGCUCCGCUUUAUAAAAACGUGGAGAUAAAGGGAAUCCAGGUGCGGAUGAAGUGGUGUGCCACGUGCCACUUCUACAGACCUCCGCGCUGCUCACACUGCAGCGUGUGUGACAACUGUGUGGAGGACUUUGACCACCACUGCCCAUGGGUGAACAACUGCAUUGGUCGGAGGAAUUAUCGCUAUUUCUUCUUGUUCCUGCUGUCUCUAAGUGCUCACAUGGUGGGCGUAUUUUCCUUUGGCCUGCUGUUCGUGUUACACCACCUUGAGACUCUGAGUGCACUCCACACAACUGUGACUCUUGUGGUUAUGUGUGUGACUGGCCUGUUCUUCAUCCCUGUUAUGGGCCUCACUGGGUUUCACAUGGUUCUUGUAGUCAGAGGACGGACCACAAACGAACAGGUGACAGGAAAGUUCAGAGGAGGAGUGAAUCCAUUCACUCGGGGUUGCUGUGGCAACGUGAAACACGUCUUAUGCAGUCCGCUUGCUCCUAGGUAUAUCGCUGAUCCCAGGAAGAAAAUUCCUAUCGCUUUAAAACCACCAUUCCUCCGCCCUGACCUCUCUAACCGACACGUCACUGUAAAAGUCAGUGAUAAUGGUAUCCAUAGUAACAUCCUACGAAGCAAAUCUAAGACUAGUCUGGAUGGUGUGGAUGAUAAAAGUAUAGAUACACAGCCACCUCUGCCACCAAAAGCAGAUCGCUACAACCAGCUCAAGACUCAACUCACCUCCAGCGAAGAGAGUUCCCUGUCCAGCAAACCCACCAAUCCAUCCACCCCAGCCAUGUACAAAUACAGACCUUCCUUCGGCACCAUUCCUAAAGUGCACUAUCACGCAACCGGAGAGAAGAUUGUAAUGUCCGAGAAUGGCAAGCCCUCUGCAGUUUUGGAGGAUCGAGGUCACGAUUACCGUUCAGAGCCAAAUCUGGAUCUGCCAGACUACCGAAGCACUCCCCUCCACCGAACGUACCAGUCUUCCCCUUUCCAGCUGGACUCUUUCAGCACGACGUCUCGCUCCUUCAGCCUCAAACAGGGAGUGAACAGGGCCGACCGUGUGCCACUGGGGGGCAGCAAACCAGAAACGGUCACUUCCACCCCUCACAAAGGAGUCUUCUCUCCUGGGACGUUAUCUGGCCGCAAUGGCAGCCUGUCCUACGAUAGCUUGCUAACCCCCAGUUUGACACCAUCUCUGGGCGAAUGCGCGGCCCACCCGGGAGUGCCCUCUAUGGGUUUCCAUUCCCCCUACUUGCCCUCUAAAAUGUGCCACGCGCGAGGGCCCGAGCUUCAACGACACGUCGGUGCCCCGUCCUACAGCCCCGUGCACGUAGGAGCGAUGUACGGCCGGCAGUCACCACACCCGAGAGAUCGAGACCGAGAUCCCUCGCCAGUCCGCUACGACAACCUCUCCAAAACCAUCAUGGCCUCCAUCCAGGAGAGGAAGGAGUUCGAGGAGAGGGAGAAACUCAUGCUUCGGCACGCUCAAGCCCCGGUGGCCUAUGCCAACGAUUCAGGCGUGUUUGACACCUGCAGUGGAGCCGCCUACGGACUCCCACCCGGGACGUGUUACCCCGACAGUCCCAGAGGCCCCGGACCCCGAGAGCCCAGCAGCUCUCGGGACACCUUGAUGGGAUACGCUCCCCGAACCCCUGUUCUGCGCUCCUCUGCAUCCUCGCUCACCAGAGCACCGAGGACUUCAACUACGUCCCUGCACACAGAUGGAGGCGGCGCGAGCAGGACAGCCGAACACCAAUAUCGCUCUCCGGUGCACCAUACGCAUCACUCUCCGACCGCUGUGCCCCGUUCCCCAUUAUACGCACAUCAGAAGGUCGCCUUCAUUAACGCCCUGGAGAGGGCGGACUCACCACGUCUGGGUACAAGAGAGGACCUCGGUCCAGGUAAAGUCAACGGGCAACUAAAGGGCCAAGCACGUGACUGCCAUCUAGGGACUCCUUCUGGAACUCCCAGCAGACACACCAAUGUCAAAAAGGUCACAGGAGUGGGUGGAACUACAUAUGAGAUUUCUGUUUGACGGACAGCUUGAGAGCCACUGCCUGUGAGGAAAAGCACUGCCAUGGCAACACCACCUCCACUUGUGCUCAAGAGAACAAGUUUCUCUUUCUUUUCCCAGUUUUAUGAAAUAAUACUCACCGAUCAGGAGACGCGCAGUAUCUGGGGCAGGUCUUUGGGGAGAAGAUUUUACAUUGGCCUUUUCUUUGUUAACAGACUUUCCAUGUGUAAAAUAAAUCAGGAGCCGCUUAAGAACCAUGUAUGUUUUUUUAAAGUGUCAGCCGUCAGAGGACAUAAAUCGCACACACAACAGAAAAUACUGGCUUCAAAUGGAAUUUAAAAAAAGUCUAUUUACCAUUAAGGGCUGAAUAUGUACAAUGUCAGUUCAGUUGUUUGUAUAUAAAAGGUCAAAGGUCACUUAUUGAAUGCAAAUGUGCUCAGUACGCUGAUCUUUCACACACUUGAAUGUGAGUGUAUAUGUACAUGCACAUGCCAGUAACUUCAUUACUACUAUAUUUUUGUCAUUUUACUGAUCUAAUAAUCAGGGCUUCAUCUCAAAUGCAUUUCUCUGUUAAAAAGAUAGUUUACCUAAAAAUGAAAACCAAUGUUCUUUUAAAUAUCUCAAAGAAACUUGUGGAUGGUGAGUAAAUGAUGACAGAAUUUCAUUUUGGGUGAGCUAUCAGGUUCAAACAAACCAUAACAGCACUUGGGUACUUAACAACCUACAACAAGUUUUAUUUUUCAAAUAUGGUGGUCAUUUACACUUUUUACUAAUGUAAAACUAUAAGCUGCCAUAGAAAUAAACAUACACUUGUAUAUGUAAUAUAAAAUUAAAAAAAAAUUUAAAGUUUCAUAUGGUGGAUACUGGGCAUUAUCGCCAGUGUUAAAACUUUCUUUCAAACUUUGUUUUUCUUUAUAAAAAGUAUUUUGCAGUGGCAGAGAUAUGAAUAUGUUAACAGAAACACACCACUGUGUAUUAGCAGUACAGGCCACAUGUUAAAGCCAUAUUCUAACAUUUUACAGUUAUGAUUUUCAUCAACAUACAUUUGAAAAAUACUCCUUCCUUUGUUACAUAAAGGACUUAAGGAGUUGAAGAUGAAUUAAACCGUUGUAUUGAAAGUAAGAUCUGCAAUAUCCACGUUUUUUUAUAUAUUUCAUUACCAUUUCCCUUUACAUGUAAUAGAUUAGAAAAACAUGAAAAAUCAUGGCUACAUCCCAAAUAUUUUUCCCUUUCUUUUAUUUUUAUAAUGUUUGUGUUUUUUUAAAACCCAACUUUCAAUGGUUUGGUAUAUUUCACUUUUUAUACAGAUAUUCAAAGGGGUGUUUGUAAUUUUUGAGUGGAUUUUUCAUCUUUUUCUGCAUAUUUUAUAAUUUAUUUGUACAAAUUAGUUGCCAUUUUGAUUAGUUGAAAGUAGCACUUUCUGUUAAGAUUCUUUUUUCUUCAAUGAACGAAUGUUAUUAUAGGAUGUCUUAGGAAAUGAUCUUCAGGAAAGUUACAGUUAAGAUGCUUGUUUCUAAAUGCUGGAUCCAUUUGAGAGAGUUAAGAAAAAAAAACUGUCAUUACGACAUGACACAUAUACGUAGUCGUUCAAAAGUUUAGGGUUUAUGGGUUUUUUCACCGAGGACAUUAAAUUGAUCCUAAAUAUUUCACAAUAUUACUGUUUUUGCUGUAUUUUUGUUCAAAUAAAUGCAGCAUUGCUUAGCAUAAGACAUUUC